UCUUCCUUCUACCCAGGAAGAAGUGUUGGUGCAGAGCAGAGAAGAUGGCUGUGGCGGCCAAUUCUGCAAGAAAAGCCCUCCAACGAGCUUCCUCUGCUUCCAGAACCCUCCUCACUCGGCGAUCUUCACACCCAAUUAAGCUCAAUGAACUUCCUUCUUCUCCCAACAAACGCUCCCUCUCGUUUUCCCGGCUUCCGGUGCACUUGGCUGGUGCACAACUGUCUUUGACGCCGCUGCAUAGUGCUACUGCCGCUGUUUUGUUCACUUCUCUGCUUUCUUUGCACAAUACCAACUGGGGUUGUCUUUCGGAAGGUUUUGCCACACCUCUAUAACAUGGCGUAGGCAAUGAUAUUGUGCUUUUGGGCCAUUCAGAUACCAUCAGUUGCAGGUUUUGUUUCAAUACUUGCUUCUAGUAGGUUCUGCAAUUAAUAAUUUAACUUCAUUAUGUUUCUUAUUUGAGACUGUCAAAAUGUGUUGUCCUCCUGAAAUUUACUAGGAGUUUUUGCUGUUGAGGCUUUUGGAAAGAUCAGUCAAUUGACACUAUUCCCGACUAUAAACACUCAAUUUUGGAGAAUUUUCUAUGUAAAAUGUAUGCCAGUUUUUGAAGUGAUCUUAUCAUGUACGAAUCUUGGAUUUGAAUUUUCUAUUAUGUCAUGUGAUCUCCUGUUGUUGUCA